AUGACCUCUUUAGACCACAAUAAUAACUUGUGCCUUUCCAUCGACUGGUUGAUCCAGGUUAGGUAUGGGAAUGGUGAUGGUGGUGAUGGUCUUAAGCAUUUGGCUGAAGCUUUGAAAAAGUUGAUUGAGGAGGCCAUAAAUAAGGCUGAAAAGUCCCUCGAAGCCGAAAAAUCUAAACUUGAAUGCCCUGUUAAGUAUAAGGGAAAUGAGUCCACUUGCCAGUAUUAUGAUAGGCUGAUUAAGGAAGCCAAGGACGCUAAAAAUUCUGUUCAUCCUAAAACUCAAAUUCCAAUAACUGAACUUGAAAAACAAAAACAACGCUGCCAAAAUAACCACACUUAUUACCGUGACGGUUCCAAGCAGAAAGCCUAUGAUGAAAUUACUGAGCGUCAGAAACAACUUGAUGAUCUUAAAGAUAAGCUUGAAACAUUUACUGAUGAUCUCGGAAAUAACCCUAAUAGUAAUAUUUUAACGCAUUUAUGUGACGGUCUUCAGACUUUUCUUGGUUACUCCCCAUCUUCCAAAGGCUACGACGGCACUGGGAUUGUGUACUCUGACUUGGACAGGCUGUGUGAUGCGGUGAUGGGAUUUUUGAGUGGUGUGCUUGAAGCGGUGAAAAACGAAAAUGAAGUGACAACUUACUAUUCUAAGAUGGAUAAAACACUCGAAAAAAUUAAAGACAGUAUGCACAAAACUGGCGGAUUGUCUGCGGCCGUUGAGGCUGUGAGCGAGGCGCUGGGGGAGUGGGAUGGGGAGCUAGAUAAAAAAACUAGCGCACUUAAAAAAUCAUUAGAAUACUUAAAAACAGAAAAAUUUAAUAAUAUGCAUGAUUCACUUAAUAAACUUAAUGCUGUAUAUGGUGACUCACUUAGUAAGGUGCCUGUGUUGCUUGACGCCUGCAUCGCUGAUGCUGGGUGGAUCUCGGGAGCGUAUGAUGCCGCGGAAAAUGAGUACGAGAAUCUGGAUCCGACGCUUAGAGAUAAGUUGAAAGAUGCGUUAUAUAAAAUUAAGUUGCAGGUGAAAUCGUUCGAGGCGGCGGCGGCGAACACGGAAUUAAAAGACGUAGUCGACUUGGCUGGAAGUGAGUUGCUAAAUCUCAAACAGAAGGUGGAUGAAAGAAUUGAUGAGCGUAUGAAUGAUGUGAAAAUCAGAUUGGGGCAUGAAUUCAAAGUUCAGAUACACGAUCCUCUAAAUGCUGUAAAAAAAACUUUAACGUCAGUUGAUACAGACCUGAAAAAAUGGAUUGACCGUGCCACGGAGAUUGCAAAGUAUGGCAUUGAGCAGUCUAAAGCUAUAUUGAAGGAGGUUACAGAGCAGUCAGGGACUAAGAAGGCCGGAGCUGACGCGGAAAAAUGGAGGAAUGUUGAAAAGGCCGCGUUGCAGUUGAAGCAAAAGGCGCAGAAGCUCUACGACGCGGCUAGUACGGCUAAGAAAAGUGUUGAGAGGUUGGUGCCGGAAGCGCUCUCUGAUGUGCUUAAGCUGGACAGGGCGGUUAGGACUGGAUUAAAGACUACGAAGGAUAAAAUUAAAGGUGCACUGAGAAAGUACAUUAAGGAGCAGCUGCUGGGAACCAUUAUGAAACAGGUUAAAAGCACUGAAGGUGAGAGAGAAGAGGAAGGGUUGCAGGGGAAUCUGAAAAAGGUGGCCAAAUACCGCCAAGAACUUCCCAAUAAAAGGAUAAAAAAGGGUUCUUUGGAAAAAAAGUACGGGAAUGGGUAA